UUUUUUUUUAUUAUAGAGCCAACAAGUCGAGUAGUGAAGACUGGUUACCUUACUAUUUAUGAACGAGGAUUUUUCGUCAACGGAUGGAAAGACCGUUAUUUUAAACUGUAUGCCGACAGCAGUCUUUUAUGGUACCAUGGAAACGACGAUGGGCACCACAAGGGUGGUAUAAGGCUUAAGAUGGUAGCAAAUUUCAUUGCAGUUGGACCAAUGUGUCUUCAUACAGUUGGUUUCACAAAGCUUCCAAAAGGCAGACAUGUCAUACAUUUGAUGGGUGUUCCUGAUAUCUUCAAAAAGGGAACUAAAAGAAGAAACCUUAAAAUGAACUGGAUUUUAUUCCCAACGUAUGAAGGGGACAUGCAAGCAUGGCUUGAGGCUAUUAAACCAACGCUGCCUUCUCCUCCUUCAAGACCAGAGAAUAUUCACCAUACAAGCAAUGGCAAGCAGAAUAGACCAGAGAAUACUCACCAUUCAAGCAAUGGCAAACAGGAUAGAUCCGAGAAUACUCACCAUUCAAGCUAUGGCAAGCAGGUUAGACCAGAGAAUACUCACCAUUUAAGUAAUGGUAGUCAGGAUAGACCAGAGAAUACUCACCAUUUAAGCAAUGGCAAGCAGGAUGAACCAGAGAAUACUCACCAUUCAAGCAAUGGCAAGCAGGUUAGACCAGAGAAAACUCACUAUUCAAGCAAUUGUAAGCAGGAUAUACCAGAGAAUGCUCAACAUUCAAGCAAUGGUAAUCAGUUUACACCAGCGAAUGCUUCUUAAUCAAGCAAUGGUGACCAGGUUAACUUAUACCCAACAGUUAAUGUAGUACGAUACCAACCUGAAUGUCAACAUAUAAACACUAGAGACGAAAGAACAUAUUCAGGCAUUCAAAGGGGUGUUAUCCUUGGAGGACCGCUAGGUUGUGGUAUUGAUGGUUAUGGGCCAGGUAUUGGAUGGAGUUGGGGAUGGGGAUGGGGACCAAAUCCCUACGGUGGAUACUGGGGAAGUUGGAAUGACGUUAGUGGCUUUGGGAGUGUAAACAUCGAUAGUAUUGUCGGCGAUUUGUGUCAAAAAAACAACAAUUACGGCUAUGAUAUAAAUCAUAUUGGGGAUUUUGAAAGAGGAAACUUUAGUAACGGUACCAGUGAUGGCUGUGGUGAUGAUAAUUGCUGUGACGAUGAAUACUGUUGUGAUCAUAGUUGUCAAGAGAGUUGCUGUGAAGUUGGUUGCUGUGGAGAAGAUUGCGGUAAACAUGGUUGCUUUGGAACUGGUUGCUGUAAAAAUGGCAAUGGAGACGGCCGUCCUGGUGAUGACGGUGCGGAUGGUGGAGCAUGCGGCGGAGAUUGUGGUGGUUGUGGAGGUUGUGGUGGUUGUGGAGGUUGUGGAGGUUAAUAUUUUGUAG